CAGCCAAACAAACAUUUUCAUCGCUAAAACCCUCCUCCCUCGCCCUUCUCUCUCUGCAAUCUCUCAGUAUUAUUAUUGUUCUGAUUCUGAUUUCAAGCUUUGAAAGAGAAAGAUUUUCGUUAUUUCAUUCAAUGCAAGGCGGUUUUGGUGGUGGUGGUGGAGCGGGGAGUGGGUCGAUGUUGACGGUAUCGAGGGAGGACAACGUUUUUUUGUCUUCGGAGGAUUCUUCUAGUCCGGAUGAUGGUGAGAUCGAGCUGGGCCUUGGAUUGAGUCUUGGUGGUUUCAAGGCUCAACAGUUGAUUCCUAGUAGAGGUCAAUAUGCUAGGAUUCUGACUGCUAAGGAUUUGCCUUCUGGAGUUUCGGGCUCUUCUUUGACUUCUACGUCGUCGUCGUCAUCAUCGUUGUCGUCUUCUUCUUCUUCUUCUUCUUUGAGCAGGGCAAGUGGCACGGCUGGGACCAAGAGGACUGCCGAUUCUGUGGCUUCUCCUAAUGGUUCUAGCAAUCAAGUUGUUGGUUGGCCUCCUAUUAGAGCUUCUAGAAUGAACAGCAUGGCUAAUCAAGUAAAGUCAGUGGCCACUGAAGAAUUUGACUCUAUGGUUGACAAAAGUAAAAGCAAGAACAGUGUUAUGGAGAAGACUACCAACAGCGGCAACAGGAAUAAUAAUAGCGUUUAUGGCAGGACUUCUCGGUUUGUGAAGGUGAAUAUGGAUGGAUUCCCAAUUGGAAGGAAGGUUGAUUUGAGUGCUCAUAGCUGCUAUGAAACCUUGGCACAAACUCUGGAGGAGAUGUUCCUCAAAGCUAACAAUGCAGCUCGACCAAGCAUACAGGAGUAUGACACAGAGGCAGAAGCGACAAGAUCCUUAAAACUGCUGGACGAAUCAUCGGAGUUUGUCCUCACAUACGAGGACAAAGAGGGAGAUUGGAUGCUUGUUGGAGAUGUUCCUUGGGGGAUGUUCCUGUGCUCCGUAAGGAGGUUAAGAAUCAUGAAGACAUCUGAGGCUACUGGACUUGAUCCACGAUCACAAGAAAGUAAUGGUAUUCAGGGAAAGAAAUCUAUCUAAACCCAUUUUUCUUUGAAUUUCAUCAUGGUGAAGACUAGGCAUGGCUUGAAAACGUAACACACACAAGAAAAGUGAGAGAGUAAAUACAAGAAUUGUUUGAUAUGUAACGAGUAAUUGUCUGCGGCUUGUCUGUAUGUUUUCAGUUGCUCUUGUUCCUUUUUUUUUUCCCUCUUUUAUUACACUUGUUUAUUCUUGUCACGCAUACAACGAUAUAUUUCCCAUACCUAAAACUAAAAGUCUCAUGCAUCUGAGUUUUCCGUGUAAUAUGGUGCUGUUUUUCAUCUGUAAAUACUCACAUAUCUUAUAUUGCUAUGGUUUUGAAUUUUGCC